AAUGUUUGUGUGAUGUUAUUUCUGAACGCAUCCCAGGUUGAAACCUGGACUAUCGGAUUCCACGAAUUGUGAACUGAUAAAAGCGCAAGCAACUGGGAAUAAAGUCGAUUCUCAAAAUUCAAACCCAAAAAUUAAAGACCCAUCAUAUUGUUGCCCCAAAUGCCGGAUGUUCAAGCCCUUGUUAAUGAUUUUGUGAAUCAGCUUAAGAAACGUAAAAUUGAAGGUUCUCAGGCCACAGCAAAGCAAGCAGCAGAGUUGCUCCGGGCUGUGAUUUCGCAGCAGCGGGUGCCACACACAAACCAGGCCACAGCUCUGAUUAAUGCUGUAAGGGCUGUGGGGGAGCAGCUUAUUGCUGCUAAUCCUAUUGAGUUAGCUGUUGGAAAUAUUGUGAGGCGUGUUUUGCACAUUAUAAGGGAGGAGGAUCUUUCCCUUGCAACAGCUGCUAUGGCUGGUUUGGGAAUAUCUGCUGCAAGUGAUGAUGAAGAUGAUGUGGAGCGAGAUGAUCAUCCUGUUUUAUCUGCUGCUGCUGUUGCAGCUGCUGCAAGAAGCACCUUGCGUCCCCCGUCAUUGCAAACUCUUCUAGAGGAUACGUCUGAGUCAACCGCUGUUCCACACACAUCUUCCUCAGGGGGUGAAUCUGAAGGGAAAAGUAGAUCUGUUGAAAAGGGUUCAAGAGGUAAGAAGCUGAAGCAUGAUGUAAUUGAAGCAGUCAAUGAACUUAUUCAAGACAUAUCCACUUGCUAUGAACAAAUAGCAGAGCAGGCAGUAGAGCACAUUCAUCAAAAUGAGGUAAUAUUAACACUAGGCAGCUCAAAAACAGUGUUGGAAUUUCUUUAUGCUGCAAAGGAGAAAAAGAGAUCGUUUAAGGUCUUUGUUGCUGAGGGUGCCCCAAGAUAUCAGGGCCAUCUCCUUGCAAAAGAAUUGGCUGCCCGAGGCUUACAGACCACAGUAAUUACUGAUUCUGCAGUUUUUGCUAUGAUAUCCCGAGUGAACAUGGUUAUAGUUGGAGCUCAUGCUGUCAUGGCUAAUGGUGGAGUUAUUGCCCCGGUAGGGUUACAUAUGGUUGCACUUGCAGCUCAAAAGCAUGCCGUUCCUUUUGUUGUACUUGCUGGGAGUCACAAGUUGUGCCCUUUGUAUCCACACAAUCCUGAAGUCCUACUGAAUGAGCUGAGAUCCCCAUCGGAGCUACUUGACUUUGGGGAAUUCUCAGAUUGCAUGGAUUAUGCAAGUGGUGCUGGUUCUCUCCAUGUCAUUAAUCCAACAUUUGAUUAUGUACCACCGAACCUUGUUAGUCUCUUUAUUACUGACACCGGGGGGCAUAACCCAUCAUAUAUGUACCGGCUUAUAGCUGAUUAUUACUCUGCUGAUGAUUUGGUGGUGAAACAAAGACCUACUUCAGGGAGUUGAGUUCAGCUAAUUCAAUUUUUGGUCUUGUAACGGUUGUCUGUGAUGUUCUCUGAGGAACCGUUGGCUAGUGAUAUAUGUUCAUGAUCAUUUGUGCAGCAGAAAAUGAACCUUAUGCAAUCAGGCAUUGGAGUGGAGAAUUAUGACGGGAAAAGAUAUGGGAAAAUUCCAUUUUUUGUGGUUGCUGACUUCGGGGACAUACCCUCUAGUCGUUUUAAUUUUUGGUCCAAUCGUGAGCAAUGAUAUCAAGGGUCUCCUAACCUUUUUUGUUUUGUUUUUACUGCACAUCUUUGUUUACUCAUAAAGAAAUGAUAAUAGUUUCGUUCUUUAUAUAGAAACAUCCUGUCUAGUUAUAUGAAUUUUGUUUGAAAAUGUGGUUCUGAUAGUAACUUGUUUGUUGUUUGAGCAAAGGAAAAUUCCAGAUUUU